AUGGCGGUCACCGAGUUAGCUCUCCUCCGCCUUAGGAGCGAUUCUUCAUCAACAACCAACGAAGCAUUGACGCAAGUUCAAGCUGCACAAGCAGCAUAUUCUGGCUAUCCAGUUACGUUUUUGCAACAAAUCGAAGAUCCAAGUCUCCUUUACCUUUUGGGUGGCUGGGAAUCGGUCGCAAAACACAAUGAGUGGAUUGCAUCAGAGACAAACCAAAAGUUCCUCGAACAACUGAAAGAUGAUGUCGAGGUGGAGUGGAUGUUUCACUACAAUGUGAAUAUAUUUCGUCGAGCCGAGCAGAAAGACGGAGUUCGAUCGAGUUCUUGCCCCAAGUGCACCCGCGUUAGAGAAACACACGAAACCUUCUCAUGCGGUCGGGGUUGGAAGGUCGAUAAAAGGGUGGACGAGGAUGAGGAAUUCAUUCUUUUUUCAGGGUGGAAUACUGUCGAGGACCACUUCGGUUUCGCGAAGACGGAAAGUUUCAAAGAAUUUGGGAAAAUACGAGAAUUAUUGACGGGCUCAGAAGUCAAGCAUAUGAAGGUGGAAAAGAUGAAGUGA